CGAGGUUGUGUCUUGUGCGUUCUUGUUCUGUAAAGGAUAUUGAAAUUGUCAAACUAGAUUACUUCAUUAUACCUGAACUUAUAGUCACUUGUAUACCACUCUAUUCUGUUACAUAUUAAUCGAUCAUAUCCUUGUUCAGAGGUUCCCUUCAUUUGUUAAAAUAUGCUUAUAUAUUACAAUUAUAUGUAUGAUUUUGCAGGUUACAUGCAACUCAAGAUCCUCAUUUCUUGCUGUAGCAGAUGAUAGUGGCGAGGUGAAGGUAAUUGACAUAAAGCAGCAUUGCCUUUACAAAACAUUGAGAGCCGAAACUGGUCAUACAAGUAUAUGUAGCACUGUGGAAUUCCUUCCUUGGCGAUCUUGGGAAGUAAUUAGUGGUGGUCUCGAUUCAACUCUUGUGCUGUGGGAAUUCUCCAAAGCUCGCCCCUACAAAGUAGUCAAUUUCGGUACUGUAAGUAAUAGCGGCGCGGGGCAGUGUUUCAACCCUUCCUUGAUUCAUGCAAUAGCUGUCCCAGAAAUUGACAUGGUAGAUAAAUUAGGCAGGGUAUGUGCUGUUGCAGGUGGUGGAGUUAUUAAUGUGAUUGACAUUGAAUCAGAAAUCGCUGCUGUAAGAUCAAAAACCUCUUCGAAUACACGAAAAGGAUCACAAUCAAGAUUAAAAGACGGUAGUUCGACUAGCAAUACAAAUGCGGAUCAUAAUGUAAAAAAGAGGCUGCAUUUUGAUUACAGUAUGGGUGGCCAUACUUCAGCUGUUUCUAGCCUGGCAUUUUCGUUGUUUGGGGAAAGAGGGAAAUUCUUAAUAUCUGGUGGAAAUGAUAAGUUGGUGAAAGUGUGGAACUGGUCCAGUUAUAUUGAUGCUGGGACAAGUGAUAGCAACAAUGAUAUCCUACAUUUGAACAUUGGUGUACCUCAGAAGGUCAAUUGGCUAUGUACCACUUCAGCUGAUACAGACAACCUUGUUGUGUGCGACACAUCUAAAACCGUAAAGGAUGUUGGAGGACUUCAUGCUAGACACGUCAGUACAGUUUCGACGGUUGAUAUUGAAGAAGUAACUGAAGAAUCUGGAAAUUCAACAUGGAAAAAACGGAUGAAAAGCUGGAAAGGGAAGGGGAAGGAUAAAAAGAACAAGAAUAAAAAGGCUUCACCUAAGGCUAAAAAUGAGGCUGCAGUUCCAUCAGAGCAGCAGAUGGAAGAAAUACGGUCUACGGAGGCUGCUGCUCUUCCGCUUUCCGUAGUUGUGCCAAUAGUAAAAUCCAAACUCGCACCAUACAGAACUGUGAUAAUCGUGCGGCUAAUAAUAUUGGGUCUUUUCUUCCAUUAUCGAGUUACAAAUCCUGUCGAAAGUGCUUUUCCUCUGUGGUUGACAUCUAUCAUAUGUGAGAUUUGGUUUGCGUUUUCCUGGGUGUUGGAUCAGUUCCCUAAAUGGUCUCCGAUUAAUAGACACACUUUCAUCGAAAACCUGUCUGCAAGGUUUGAAAGAGAGGGUGAACCCUCUGGACUUGCUUCUGUUGAUUUCUUUGUCAGUACGGUCGAUCCUUUGAAAGAACCACCGUUGAUUACAGCUAAUACAGUGCUUUCUAUCCUCGCGGUUGACUAUCCAGUAGAUAAAGUAUCUUGUUAUGUGUCGGAUGAUGGAGCAGCAAUGCUCACAUUUGAAUCUCUUGUGGAGACAGCUGAAUUUGCAAGAAAGUGGGUGCCAUUUUGCAAAAAGUUUUCAAUUGAGCCAAGAGCACCCGAGUUUUACUUCUCACAAAAGAUUGACUACCUCAAAGACAAAGUGCAACCUUCUUUUGUGAAGGAACGUAGAGCGAUGAAGAGAGAAUACGAAGAGUAUAAAGUACGAGUUAAUGCUAUGGUAUCUAAGGCUCAGAAAACACCAGAAGAAGGAUGGAGUAUGCAAGAUGGAACACCUUGGCCUGGAAAUAAUUCGCGUGAUCACCCUGGAAUGAUUCAGGUCUUCCUCGGACACACUGGUGCCCGUGAUACCGAAGGAAAUGAACUUCCUAGGCUAGUUUAUGUUUCUAGAGAGAAAAGACCAGGAUAUCAACACCACAAGAAAGCAGGUGCCGAAAAUGCACUGGUGAGGGUGUCUGCAGUUCUCACAAAUGCUCCGUUCAUUCUCAAUCUUGAUUGUGAUCAUUAUGUUAACAACAGUAAAGCUGUUCGAGAAGCAAUGUGUUUUCUCAUGGAUCCCGAAGUUGGUAGAGAUGUUUGUUAUGUACAGUUCCCCCAAAGAUUUGAUGGUAUUGAUCGUAGUGAUCGGUAUGCCAACCGCAAUACAGUUUUCUUUGAUGUUAACAUGAGAGGACUUGAUGGCAUUCAAGGACCAAUGUAUGUGGGGACUGGAUGUGUUUUCAAUCGACAAGCACUUUAUGGCUAUAGUCCACCUUCUAUGGCCAAUUUAUCAGUAUCUUCAUGCUGUUGCUUUCCCUCAAAAUCCACCAAAGACGUGUCGCGGGUUUCUAGAGAUGCAAAGAGGGCAGAACUCGAAGCUGCCAUUUAUAAUCUCAGGGAGAUAGACAAUUACGACGAGAACGAGAGGUCAAUGUUGAUUUCACAGAUGAGCUUUGAAAAAACUUUUGGCUUGUCUACUGUUUUCAUUGAAUCUGCAUUAAUGGAAAAUGGAGGAGGGGUGCCAGAAACCGCUGAUCCUUCAAUGCUGAUCAAAGAGGCCAUUCAUGUAAUUAGCUGUGGAUAUGAAGAGAAGACCGAAUGGGGAAAAGAGAUUGGAUGGAUUUAUGGUUCCGUUACCGAGGAUAUCUUAACAGGGUUCAAGAUGCAGUGCCGAGGAUGGAGGUCAAUCUACUGCAUGCCCUUAAGGCCUGCUUUCAAAGGAUCAGCACCUAUCAACUUGUCUGAUCGGUUGCACCAAGUUCUUCGAUGGGCGCUUGGAUCAGUUGAAAUUUUCUUAAGUAGACACUGUCCCCUUUGGUAUGCAGUUGGAGGAGGCCGUCUCAAAUGGCUGCAGAGAUUAGCUUAUAUAAACACCAUUGUCUACCCUUUUACAUCACUUCCUCUAGUUGCUUAUUGUACUUUGCCAGCAAUUUGCCUUCUUACAGGAAAAUUUAUCAUUCCAACGCUUUCGAACCUUGCAAGUGUUCUCUUUCUUGGACUUUUCCUCUCAAUUAUAGUGACAAGUGUGCUUGAGCUGCGUUGGAGUGGUGUUUGUAUCGAAGAUUUGUGGCGUAAUGAGCAAUUUUGGGUGAUUGGAGGUUCUUCGGCUCAUUUGUUCGCCGUGUUCCAAGGAUUUCUUAAGAUGUUGGCCGGUGUUGAUACCAACUUCACUGUCACUGCUAAGGCUGCCGAGGAUACUGAGUUUGGCGAACUUUAUAUCAUCAAAUGGACUACUCUCUUGAUUCCACCAACAACUCUUAUCAUUAUUAACAUGGUUGGUGUUGUUGCUGGAUUUUCUGAUGCACUUAAUGGGGGAUAUGAGUCUUGGGGACCUCUUUUUGGGAAGGUUUUCUUUGCCUUUUGGGUGAUUUUUCAUCUCUAUCCAUUCCUAAAGGGUCUCAUGGGUCGACAAAACCGCACUCCGACCAUUGUUAUUCUCUGGUCAGUGUUGUUAGCCUCUGUGUUCUCUAUUAUUUGGGUCAAGAUAGAUCCAUUUGUGAACAAAGUUGAUAGUGAGACCAUUGCUGAAACUUGUGUUGCUAUAGAUUGUUGAGUCACUUGAAGAGUUUUUGGAAAUAUAUGUAAAAAGAUGCAUACAUGGGAUAAUGGUUUGAUCCAUUGUUUGUGCAAAGUCAUAUCUCAUCAUAAGGAUUGGCUCUUUGUUGAAAUGUGUAACCAUAUUGAACUAAGAUUGGAAAUAUAUGUUAUAAGCUUUGAUA